CCCAACAGUUAUAUAUAAGAAAAUUAAAAACUAUGACGAACACAUUCAACAGAACCGUUAUCUGUUCCAUUUUGAUUUCAGUCAUUACAUUUCAGGGAAUUUUCUCUGGUUCAGUUUCCGUUGAAGCAAGACAUUUAGCUGACCUCAGUUCUUCGGAGCGUCGCUUGUGUUCUUUGCUUGGUACUGUAGAUAGUUGCAGUAAGUUCUUUAUAAGAACUACUGAAAACAGCGGAUACACCACAAAGUCACCACCACCUCCACCCAAAGCAGCACCAGCACCACACAAUUCCCCACCGUCUAUGACUGAUCAUCUGUUUAAAAAAGUUACUCGCAGUGCUCCAUGCACAUCUUCAGCUUGAAGACUUGAAGAUAUCGGUAUUACAUAGAUAUGUAAUCAGUGCAACCUAGUUUUUCUAUAUGUUUUGCAAUGAGAAUAACAGCCACCUGCUGAUAUGAGGUUUUCUUCAGUGUUCUGAGAGGAUUUAAAGCACACAAAUUAAGCCCCAAGUAAUCGAGCAUCCUUUCAUCCUCUGUUAUUUCCAUCAAGAGCACCUCCAUGAACAUGUACUUUCAAUUGUAGUGUGUUUAAAUGAUUCAUUGUACUUCUUCAACCACGUACGUGCAUGUUUGAUUGUGUUUUGAUUAUAUGCAUGUACCUACUAGUUAUUCAGACGAAGAA